AUGGGUUCAGGAAGACUGUCUGAAAGUGAAUUUGUUGCUUUGGAUGUUUUGGCUUCUAUUUCUGACGACAGAAAAUUAAGAUCCUUGGUCAAAAGUAUGGGUGAAAUAUUGUUUCUGUGUGGGAGUAAUAAAAGGGCUGUGAUUGCAUCUCUUAGCAUUUUUGACAGUUACAUUGAGGGGUCUGAAGAUUGUUCAAAAGAAGAGAUCAUCUUAAAAGCACUCGAAGGUCUCUCAAUUGAAUCAGGUUCUGAUUUGCAAAAAAAUUUGAGAGUUAACACAUACACCUCACAGGUGAGUGCCUUUCAUAGGCUCGAAGCAGUGAUUCCUGUUUUCCAAAGCCGUAUGGGGGCAAUGCUCUUUCUCAUUUCUGCUUUGCUUUCUCGUGGACUGGACUCUGUUCAAGAUGACAGGGAUGACCCCAGUCAACCAUUAGUCACUGCUCCAUUUGGGCAUGCUUCACAGGAAAUUGUAAACCUACUGCUCUGUGGGCAGGCUGUGGCUAAUGUGUUUGAUGGUAAGAUGGACUUGGGUGGUGGCAUGUUUGUGAAGGGCAUUUCGACGACUGUAGAAGUUGGAUUCCUCACUCUAUUAGAGUCCCUCAACUUCUGCAAGGUUGGCCAGUAUCUGAAAUGCCCCAAGUGGCCAAUAUGGGUUGUUGGAAGUGAGUCUCAUUAUACAGUCCUGUUUGCUCUUGAUAGCAAAGUUCAAGAGGAGAAUGAACUUGAAGGGAGAGAAACGCAAGUCCGGAGAGCUUUUGAUGCACAAGAUCAAAGCGGAGGUGGUGGAUUCAUUAGUGUGGAAGGCUUUAAUCAAGUGGUCAAGGAAACAAAUAUUAACCUUCCAGCAGAGAAGCUUGACCACCUUUGCAGUGCAGGCUUUAUCGUGUGGAGUGAGUUCUGGCAGGUGCUUUUGGAUUUAGACAAGAGUUUAGGAGGCUUAAAAGAUUCAACUGGAUUAAUGGGAAAAAAGAUAUUUGAUCUUUACCACUUUAAUGGAAUUGCAAAGUCAGUUUCAAAUGGCAGUCAGGCAUCUCCUGGAAGUGAGAUUCCAAUACAAAGACCAAGACUUACAAAACUGAGGGUUUCAGUUCCCCCAAGGUGGACUCCUGAGGAAUUCAUGACAGCAGGGCCCUCUGGUCCAGGUGGAAAUGACUCUACCGUGAAAGAUACUGUUGUUGAAGUGUCUAAACCGGAGCCUGCUCAGCAUGCACCUUUGGUUGACUGUAUUAGAACGCGGUGGUCCCGUGCUGUUUGCAACUGGGAAGGAGACGCACCAAGUAUAGUCUGA